CAUAGGUAAGACAGAGGAGAUGCAGGCCAUAGGUAGCACCCCCCCUCCCCUCCCCGUAAAUGAGUCUCCUUGGUGUGAAUGAAAUAAAUAAGAAAUGAAUGGGCCACUCCUCGCCACAUCCCAUCUCAUGCAUGGUUGCCAGUAAUGGUCUACUGGGUGUCAGCUUUUAUUGGCACGGCACAAAGCAAGUGCCAAGGGUUGAGUGGCUCGACUCCCCGCUGCAGACUGGGGAUAAAAGCAAGCAAAAUGCCUCAGCCAAGCUCAGAGGCAUAGUCAUGCUGGGCUGGAACGAGGAAGUGCAGUGGAGAGGGGAGGGACUCAGGGCGCAGCUCCAUGGGGCCGCCGCGCUGCGACCUUCUGCACAUGGAGCCGGGGACAGUUGGAAGAACUUCAUACUGCAAACUCAAGGAAUAGCAGAGUACUUACACCGUAUGGAGACAGAGGAGGCCCAGGAGAUUGCCCAGAUGCCAGGCAGGGACAGCCCCCCAGCCAACGAAGCAUCUGAAGAGACAGAAGAGCCCAUGGCUGUCCCUGAGGACCUGUCAGCUAGCUCUGCCCACCAGCAGAACAACCGGGGGGACAAAGCCUGUAACAUUAAAGUUGAGGCUCGCAGUGAUGAGGAGAAUGGGCUGGCCUGUGACAUGAAUGGCGAGGAGGAGGAGGAGUGCGUGGAAGACUUGCGUGUGGUCGAUUCCUCGGGGGCCAAGGUGAACGGCUCACAGCCGAGCCCUGAAGCCAAGGCCUUCUCCUCGGCUGGCGGUAUCCGGCUGCCCAACGGGAAGCUCAAGUGUGAUAUCUGUGGGAUAGUUUGCAUUGGCCCCAAUGUGUUGAUGGUGCACAAGCGAAGCCACACUGGAGAACGUCCAUUCCAGUGCAGCCAGUGCGGGGCGUCUUUCACCCAGAAGGGCAACCUGCUGCGUCACAUCAAACUGCACUCAGGAGAGAAGCCCUUCAAGUGUCAUCUGUGCAGCUACGCCUGUCGCAGGAGGGACGCCCUCACCGGCCAUCUUCGUACCCACUCGGUUGGAAAACCCCACAAAUGUGGCUAUUGUGGGCGGAGUUAUAAGCAACGCAGUUCUCUUGAGGAGCACAAAGAAAGAUGUCACAACUACCUGCAAUGCAUGGGACUGCAGAACAGCAUCUACACAGUAGUAAAGGAAGAAAGCAACCAGAAUGAGCAGAGGGAAGACUUAAGCCAGACGGGAUCUGACAGAGCCUUGGUGCUAGACAGAUUAGCUAAUAAUGUAGCUAAGCGUAAGAGCACUAUGCCCCAGAAGUUUGUGGGCGACAAACGUCUCUCCGAUCUGUCUUACGACGGAGCAGCAGGGGAGCUGAUCCAGCCGCAUGUCAUUGACCAGGCAAUCAACAGCGCCAUCAGCUACUUGGGGGCUGAGUCCCUCCGGCCUCUGGUCCAGACCUCCCCAGCCUCCUCAGAUGUGGGUCUGUCAUCUUUGUAUGGCCUCCACAAGCCAGCAUCAGAGAGCCACACGGGGACAGCCUUGUCUGCCAAGGACAGCGCUGCUGAGAACCUGCUGCUGCUCUCCAACUCCAAGUCUGCCUCGAGCGAGAAGGAUGGCUCGCCCAGUCACAGCGGUCAGGACUCCACAGACACCGAGAGCAACAAUGAAGACCGCCCAGCCGGAGCAGCCAGCGGGCUCAUCUAUCUGACCAACCACAUCACCUCCGGGGUGAGGAACGGGGUGCUACCUCUGGUGAAGGAGGAGCAGCAGAGGCAGUACGACGCCCUCCGAGCCAACAUGGAGAUGGCCUCUGAGGGCUUUAAGGUAGUGACAUCGGAUGGGGAGCAGGUGAGGGCUUACCGUUGCGAACACUGCCGCGUGCUCUUCCUGGACCACGUCAUGUACACCAUUCACAUGGGCUGCCACGGCUUCAGAGACCCCUUGGAAUGCAAUCUCUGCGGUCACAGGAGUCAAGAUCGCUAUGAGUUCUCCUCUCAUAUAACCCGAGGGGAGCACCGCUACUGAGCCCUGCAGCCCGUACGCACACACAUGCACAUAUGCACACGCAUGCAUUCACAAACACACACACAUAUCCACACGCAUGCAUUCACAAACACACACAUGCACACACAGACUUGUUUUUGAAGACAAAACAGACUUGGUACAUGUGUGUCUGCAAUAAAAACGUACAUAUUGUAAAUUACUGUCUUAAUAGCCAUUCGUGUUUUUAUACAAUGUGUGCAUGUUUGCUGACACAGAUAAAUAAAUACAGCAAAAUUAAACAUUUACUGUCAUGUAUCUAACUGUUCAUUGUGAAAUUUGGCAUCCCUGCCUCUUUAGAGCAGACAAACAAUAAAGCAUUGUUCAAAGCGUAUAAAUCAUACAACGAUACAAAUGUAUACAUUUAUAUUUUCCCUUUUUUCUGUUUUUAUUUCUUUGUAGAUUUAAAACAAGUUCACUUCUUUUGUGAACAUCUGAAAGGAACAUUUUUGUGCUGAAAAGAAUCUUAAUGAAUUAUUUCUGUUGGAAUAAAAUCUACCAGUUUUGACAAAAUGCCACUGCUUCUGACAAGAUGUUUGCUUUAAUCUUUAACCUGUCUGGAUGAACGUUCAUAUUAUUUAUAGAAAAAUAGCACGCCUGUAUGUUUUGUAUUUAUUACAGUGAUAGAUGUUUGUGGUGCCGAGUAGUACAUCCUUCUCUGUUCAGCUCUUCCUAACGUGUGGUGGUGGUGGGGGGGGGUCUGUGACUGCUGCUGGAGGUGGUUUUAACUGAAGGAAACAUUUUCAUGGAUACUUUAGUUUAUUUGUUUUAUUGCAGGCGGCUGACGGUGUGACUCAAUAAUGAAGAUGCCUCGUUUGAGAGGAGCUUUACGCUUGCAAAAUGUCAAUAAAGGAUAUUUUAUAAAUACA